GUGUGGUAGCUAAAAGAUCGUUUGGUAAAGUAAAGUUGAGUUAAUGAUGGAUUGAUGGGGCCGGGAAAGAGAAAGCCUUUUAUCAGUUUUAUGAGGACGCGUGUGAUAAGUGGGAUUGUGUGUAGGUGAAAGUGACUAAAGAAUCUAAAUAUGUUAAUGGCAAUGUUUCAGGCCAUGUGCCUGUGCUCUGGCUUGUCCUCUUGUCAUUAGACCCGCUUUAUUGCUUUUGUCGAAUGCUAUAAGUGGCAACCCAGCUGAGACAGAGAGUUCUAUUUCAGAGGGCGUCUUCAGUGUCUGCGUCUCUGUAAUGGGAGGGUAGAGAUUUAGAUUAGAGUUUUGUUCAUCUUUUUUUGGGUUGAGAAGAGUAAGGGGGCGGAGAUGGAGAACUGGGUGAGGGUACUGCUGUUUUUAUGCUGCUUGGUGACUGUUGGGUUCGCUGCUAUAAGCAGUGAUGGGGAAACUAAAACUUAUAUUGUGCAUGUAGAUAGGUCGCAGAUGCCUGCUGCGUUUUUAAGUCAUGAAAACUGGUACGCUUCUUCUGUGAAGUCUGUACUUGGUGUGGAAGAUGAAGUGAGUAUUUUGUAUAACUAUGAGGAAGCCUUUCAUGGGUUUGCUACCCGCCUGAACGCUGCUCAAGCUGCGGCGCUGGAGAAAAUGGAUGGGGUUCUUGGGAUUUAUCCAGAGACCAUCUAUGAGCUCCAUACAACUCGUAGCCCAGAGUUUCUUGGGCUUGAUGCUGUAACAGCGAUGCAGCCUGAUGGGCCCAAUUAUGGGCAGGAUGUGGUGGUUGGGGUGCUUGAUACGGGCAUAUGGCCGGAGAGCGAGAGCUUCAACGACAGGGGCCUGGGACCUGUCCCUCUGCACUGGAAGGGCGAGUGCGAGGUCGGUACGAAAUUCAAAGCCACGGUCUGCAACAAAAAGAUUGUGGGUGCACGAUUUUUUUCCAAUGGGUACGAGGCUGCGGUGGGACCGAUCAAUGAAACGGCCGAAUUCAGAUCACCGAGGGACCAGGAUGGGCACGGCACACAUACGGCAUCGACUGCAGUCGGGUCGGAGGUGAUCGGAGCCAGCUUGCUGGGCUACGCUAAUGGAAGUGCAAGGGGGAUGGCUCCAAAGGCGCGGAUUGCAGCGUACAAGGUUUGUUGGGUCGGUGGGUGUUUCAGUACUGAUAUCCUGAAAGCCAUUGAUAAAGCCGUGGCCGAUGGAGUAAAUGUCCUGUCGAUGUCGCUUGGCGGCGGGAUUGCUCCCUAUUACAGAGACAGUAUUUCACUGGGAGCCUUCGGGGCGAUGCAGAGAGGCAUUUUUGUGUCUUGUUCGGCGGGUAACAGUGGCCCAGAUGCGGUUAGCUUGUCAAACGUUGCGCCAUGGAUAACAACGGUCGGUGCGAGCACGAUGGAUCGGAACUUCCCGGCGGAUAUCAAGCUCGGCAACGGGAUGAUCUUCGGUGGUGUUUCUUUGUACCAUGGGAGGCAGACACUCGGUACCAAGGUGCCGUUGGUGUACCAGAGCUCCAAUUCAAGUUCCACUGGCGGGAGCCCGAUGAAUCUGUGCCUGACCGGCACUCUGGAUCCGAAGACCGUGGCUGGCAAGAUCGUGGUCUGUGACCGCGGCAUUACGGCCCGGGUAGCGAAAGGGGCGGUCGUCAAGGCGGCGGGUGGAGCGGGCAUGAUACUGGCGAACACAGAGGCUAAUGGGGAGGAGCUUGUGGCGGACUGUCACAUGCUACCGGCUUCCGCCGUGGGGCAGAAGGAGGGUGAAGCAAUCAAGAAGUACAUAAAAUCGACCCCAAAUCCAACAGCCACGAUCCUAUUUAAAGGCACAGUGCUGGGCGUCAAGCCAUCACCUGUUGUAGCUGCUUUUUCUUCUCGAGGACCCAAUAUUGUGAACCCAGACAUCCUUAAACCAGACGUGAUAGCCCCCGGGGUGAACAUUCUAGCCGCCUGGACGGCAUUUGAGGCUCCAACCGGGCUGAGCAACGAUCCACGAAGGGUGAAGUUCAACAUCAUCUCGGGCACCUCAAUGUCCUGCCCUCAUGUCAGUGGCAUAGCAGCUAUAAUCAAGGGCGCUCACCCAGAUUGGAGCCCAGCGGCCAUUAAAUCCGCCCUUAUGACCACCGCCUAUGUCCUCGACAACACCGGCAAAACGCUACAGGACGCCGCCACCGCCAAUGCCUCAAACGCCUUCGACCACGGCGCUGGCCAUGUCGACCCAAAGAAAGCCCUCAAUCCGGGGCUUGUCUACGACAUCACAGCUGAUGACUAUGUGGAGUUCCUCUGUAGCCUUAAGUACACGCCCGCGCAAAUCAACUUAAUUACCAAAUCAAAUGCCACCUGCCGCAACACAUUGCACAGUCCAGGCGACCUGAACUACCCAUCUUUCUCCCCUGUUUUCUCUGUACCCAGCAACUCCUCGUCAGAUAUUGUAGUGAAGUAUACGAGGACUCUCACCAAUGUCGGUCCUGCAGGGUCCAAGUAUAACGUUACCACUGUUCAUCAGUCGACUGAAGUAAGCACCGUUGUGGAGCCCCAAACGCUCUACUUCGCAAAGACCGGUGACAAGCAAACUUACACCGUUACCUUCACUGGCAAACCGUUGCCCGUAGUGUCUGGUCUUUUGAUUGCCACGUUCGGGUCGCUCACGUGGAGCGACGGUGUUCAUGACGUUCGUAGCCCGAUAGCCUUCAGCUGGCAGUCAGCAGACUCCUUUUAAGAAAUCGUACUUUGCAAAUGGGUACAUCGAGAAAUGUAUGACUGUAUCCUAUAGUUUGUUUCUAUGUAUGAAUUACUAUUUUCAAUUUUCAAGUCUUUUGAGGCCUUACAAAACA